GUCGGUCGGUGGGAGAGGCGGUCUCCGAGGCCCCGGGGGCAGCGACAGGGGGGGUGGGGGGGAAAUAUACCACCGCCGGAGAGAGAAGGCGAGGCGAGAGCACCAUGUGAGAGGCAGCCCCACGGAGCACUGGCGAGGCGGCGUUUUCAAUCUUGACCACAGAAGAAAUGGAUAACAGUGGAUAUAUUCAGUUUGAUGUGCCUGAGUACAGCAACUGUGUUCUGAGCCAACUUAAUGAGCUACGCUUACAAGGAAAGUUAUGUGACAUUAUAGUUCAUAUUCAGGGUCAGCCAUUCAGAGCCCACAAAGCUGUCCUAGCUGCCAGCUCCCCUUAUUUCCGAGAUCAUUCAGCACUGAGCACCAUGAGUGGUUUAUCGAUAUCAGUUAUUAAAAAUCCAGAUGUAUUUGAACAAUUACUUUCAUUUUGUUACACUGGGAGACUGUCGUUGCACUUGAAAGAUGUUGUUAGUUUUCUUACUGCUGCAAGCUUUCUGCAGAUGCAGUGCAUCAUUGACAAAUGCACUCAGAUCUUGGAGAGCAUUCACUCAAAAUUCAGUAUUGUGAGUAUUGAUUCUGUGGUGGUCAAUACUGAAGAUAAUCAGGGAAAUCGCAACGGGGUUAGAGAAAGCAAUAGUCGCUUCUUAAAUCCAGUUGAAAUCUCACCGCCGUAUUAUGGCCAAGUGCGGCAGACGGCAAUUCCUAACGAACCACGAAUGGAAGCCACUCCCAACCGAGGUUUCCAGAGUCGGGCGUUGGAGGAGAGGCAUUCUGACCCCGGAAGCAGCGGCAGCAUUUCUGAGCACGAAAUCCAGAUCGAGGGCGAUCAUGAGCAAGCAGAAUUAAUCGUGAGGGAGGCCAAUCCGAUCAGCGCCCAGAUCACGGAGGUCAAAGUCAAAAUGGAGAAGUCUGACCGGCCGAGUUGCUCCGACAGCUCGUCGGUGGGCGACGACGGUUACCACACGGAGAUGGUGGACGGCGACCACGUCGACAGAAUGGUGGCCGUGAACGUCAGCUCGUAUGGACCGGUGUUACAGCAGGCUUUCUCACUAUCUCAACCCGCAUCCCAGUCAGCUGGCUUAUCGACCACCUAUGGUUGUCUUACAAAUUCAAGCCCUUCUAGAUCCAUGCUUAGUAAUUUUAGAGGUCGCGGUCGACUGAAACGAAACAUACAGAUACAGAACGAAGGGCAGAAUGUGAUUAAUCAGUCUUCUGAUGGUGACAGUGGGCCAAACAGGCAAAGCUUUGAGAGUAAUCCUCAUGACCAUGAUGCAAGGGAACACUGGUUUCCGUACAAUCAGAGGCUUAUCUGCAUCUAUUGUGGAAAAUCCUUCAAUCAGAAAGGGAGUCUUGACCGACACAUGCGGCUCCACAUGGGGAUAACCCCUUUCGUCUGCCGCUUUUGUGGGAAAAAGUACACGCGGAAAGACCAACUGGAGUAUCACAUCCGUGGGCAUACAGAUGACAAACCGUACCGCUGUGAGAUCUGCGGUAAAUGUUUCCCUUUCCAAGGCACUCUGAAUCAACAUUUGAGGAAAAAUCAUCCUGGCGCAUCCGAGAUUAGAAGUCGGGUUGAGUCACCAGACCGAACUGAUGCGCACACAGAACAGAAAGAAGGUGAUGAACCUUCUCCCUCAGAGGAUUCCCACAUGGAGACUGCAGUGCAGGAAGUUCUUCCAUUAUCCCAUAUUUCUGAAUGAGUUGCUUGGGCAUCACAAAGCCAAAAGCGCACAAAGCUAGAAAUAAUGCUAAAAUGUUAGUAUUUUGGGGUUUCUUUUAUAGAAGAGCAUUCAUCAUUUAUAUACUGUUUCUGGUUCUGAAGUUAUUUUUCCCCAAUCCACUUAUAUUUUUCUUGUGUGGAUUUUUUCCCUGAAAAUAAUUUUGAAUACUUAAAAUGUGUUUUACUGCCAGAUAAGAGGUACAUUGUAUAAUAUAAAAAAUAAAUGGCCAUGUUCAAGAGGAGAAGGUCAGGAUAAUUAGUUACGGUAACAGGAAGGAACGUUUGUGAGAUAACGUAUCGCCAUUAUAACAAAAAGUCACUGUGACGAGUCUAAAUAUCUAUUCACACUUCACACAGCAGUGAAAAAUUCUAUUAUAUUCUAUUAUUUGAUUGGUUUCAUUGAUGGGGGUCGAAACGUUUUAUUUUGCCUACCCUAUCAGAGCAGUGGUAAAGGGUUUGAAUUGAGCUCUUGAUUGUUGGAACAUCUGACACCUGGCAUGGAUUGGGUUUUAAAAUUUGGCUACACUGUGCGUAAUGAGUUUAGCUUUUUUAAUCAUCAGCUUGAUAAAGAUGUUAAUUAAUGUGAUGCUGAUAGUGCCAGUCUCAGAUUUUCCUUGCACAUUGAGCACCCUCUGCUGUUCAGUCCGUGUGCAGCGUUCUCCCAAAAAUAUCUGAGAAAUUCCUUUGGAUCAGAUUUAUACUUGCACCUAUGAGUUGUGGGGGUGUUAUUGCAGUGUGGAUGCAAAAUAAAACCUUAAAAUCCUAUUGUCUUGAUUCAGUUUGCAGUAUUAAACUAUAUAUUUCUUUAAUCAGAAUUACUUUUAUACUGCUGUGUGAAAUAGUUUGAAUGCUUAAAGCAAACUAGAGCAGAAACCAUUAAAUAUACUUUUUCUGUUUGGGAAAAGAUCCUUUUGCUUGCUAAUACAGGAAAGCUAUAUACAAUUCAUUAGACUGAUUAAAAUUUAAUUUUUUUAAACAUAAACUACUGAUUUUUGUAUUAGCAUCACAUUUGCUCAUGUCCAAUGAUCUUUAAAGGUGCAAGUGUACUCCUAUCAGCCAUAAGUUAUGCCAGUAUCUUUGGGUAAAUGAACAGCAAUUAUUCUCUCUCACAUGGCGGGCUUGGUGAAGAUGCAAGGCUGUCUUCUCUCCUUCGGUGGAUCCUAUUGAAAAGUAACCGCUUAAACCCUGAUAAUUUACUGGUAGUGAUGAGGUUAUUGUGUUAGCAACUUUGUUCUUAAUGGCUUGGCUGGGAAAGAAUGCUUCCUCAAUGUUCAAAUUUAGAGGCAAGAAUUUAUAAUGAAAUUCAACUUAAUGAACUUAAUGUUUACCUAGCAGAGUAGCAUUUUGUUUCAUUUAGUAAUGUCGAUAGGCACAGUUCCAGGUUUUUAUUACUAAUUUCAAUACCACAUUUGUGGGGGGAAUUCAAAUCAGUAUUUAAAAUGCCAGAUGGUACAUGAACGCCGUCUGCUUGUUAACCAUGGUUUUGUUUAUACACAACUAUAAAUCAUAUACUUUAAGAUGUAUUAGUGCUGUAUUGUAGAAAAAAAAGUUUUAAAGAAAUUCAAGCAACUUUUAUUUAUUUAAAACUGACUUUUAACCAAAGCCUAUAUGCCCCUUUUACCCUGCAUGUUCUCUCUUUAAAAGACAAAGGCUAACUUUGCUGUAGUGUGGCUACUGAGGAGCAUGCAGUAAUAUCUGAAGUUCAAAUGAUCAUACUGUAUUGUGUGCUAGCAGUGGCCUCAGUCUAGCACUUAUAAUUAUCUUUAGAAAUUGCCUAUUGUGCAAAGAUUAAUUUUUAAAAAGGCUUUGACCUUGGGGGUCGCUGAAGAGCUUCUCUUACAGUGCAAUGGAUUGAAAUGCUUGGAAUGUCAGCAGAUGUGUAAUACCUGCCAUUUGUUCUGAAUCGCAAGGGAAGCUUCCGUGUUCUCAAAAUACCAGAAGUCGUUUGAGAAGUUUGAGGGCAAAAUCAAUUAGCCUUUAAAAUGACUUGAUACUUACCUUGCAUCCACUUCAUAAUCAUUGCAAAUCAUAAAUUGCAUAGAAAAAAAUUGAACCACCUCACUCUGCAAAGCCCUUUUAUCCUCUUCCAUCAAAUAAAAACUUUUUGGAUGUAUUUACUGUAUAACACAUGCUAACCUAAUGAACUGUAACCUGGAAUUAUUUGAUUAAGGAUAUUUGAUUACAUAUAUUUCUAAUGGCAUCAAUGAAAUGUAUACCUAAAAGUUUCUGCUGUACUUAAAGGAAAAAUAACUGCUUAACUGUUUCAUAAUAUACUAAUUUGAGCAGUCUCUUACAGAAGUGUUCUUUCUGUAAGAAAGCUGCUUAUACUUCCAACAUGAAAGAUCUUUCUGCCAACUUUAAUGUUCAUUGUGUGACUUCACAGGGAAGAGCUUGGAGUAUUACAUGGUUGGUAAGUGCUGGAGAGACUUCCCAUUCCUGCUUUCAUUCAAAAUUUCUGGGGUUUAUCCAUACCUGGUUGGAAAAGCUUCCUAUGUGACCCAUAAGAAGCAUCUGCCAAUACGCUUGGCGUUCUUUAUCCAUCCAGAAGGAAACCCAAUAAAUUGAUGAAUCCAGGACCUACAUUGAGAAAUGAGUGCCUGUUGUAUGCAGGCCAGAAGUUAGAAUUGAACAGAGAAACCAUUGACUUUUCUCAGCCUUGAAAUGCGGAAGUUAUAGUUAGUGUGCAAUAAUCUAUUUUUUUUCAUUUUAUAAAGCCAGGUGAAUAGUUAUCUGAAACCCUGUCCAUUCUCAACAACCAUCAUCUACAUACUGUGAUAUUUUAGCAAUUUUUAAAAAACUACCAGUACUACUAAACUUCGUCUCAUUGUUGCCUGGUUAAAGUCCAGUCUGUUUCUUUGGUAUUCAGAUGGCAGUUAUACUGUGGUCAUUGAUAUCACCACCAAUCUUGGAUCAGUGCACACUUAACAUACAGAUAUUUGGGCUGUUUGAGUUUGAAGACACAAACUCGAAGGGUCUUAGGCAGGCAAGGCCAUACACAACUUUUUUAGGGUAUUUACCCUUAAAUGGUGCUGUUAGAUCAGGUUAGAAUUAUUUAUUGAACCAGCAUUAACAAUUUUAUAUAUAAUAUUUGGAUGAGUACUGUUUCAAAUUGUUUAUAAAUUCUUUAUAUGAACCCUGUAAUAUAAUCAAUCUGGAAUUUUAGUCAACUCCAAAGUAUUGAAUGAAGUUGAUGUUUUCUGGAAUGCAUGUAAUCUUUAAGGAAACCUAUAGAAUUUUAAUCUAUUUGUUCCAAAAUCCAGCUAAUCCAUUAUACGUUUCAUAUAGCAGAAUGAAUUAACACUGUUCAGAUAGAUCAAGAGCUAAAUUGAUUGAUUGUUUCUUAGGAGGAAUGAUUUCCAGUGGAUAAUCUAAUCAUGCUGUAAUCGUGACAAUUUCCAAAAUGCAAGCAACUGUGAUAACCAAGAGAAAAUAAAUUCUAUCCAAUAAAGUUUUCUAUCCAGCUAGUAUAUUUUGUAAAUGGCUGAAAUUUUAUGAGCCUAGCUUGAUCUGUCAUUAGAACUUCUCAAUCUCUGAGCUACAAUGCCAAAUCCCUCUUGCACUUUGACUUCCUGGUCAGAAAUGUUUGCUGGACUCAGCAGAUACUGUACACGGUAGCAUAGCAGUUGCAAUACUGGACCAGCAAUCCAUGGUUUGGGCUAAUGAUCCAGAAAUGCCUAUUUAAAUCCCUCGUCAGCAGAUGGGGAAUAUGAAUGAGGUUAACUUGGAAUUGAAAGCUGAUAUCAGUAAGGGUGACCCUGAAAUUACUAAAACAGUUGUUAAAAACCUAUCUGGUUCACUAAUAUCCUUUUUAAGGAAGGAAAUCUAUUGUCCUUGCCCAAUCUGGUUUGUGUGGACUCAGAGCUACAGAAAUAUGGUUGAAUCUUAAUUGCCCAGUGAAGUGGUUUAACAAGCUACUCAGUUCAAGGGCAAUUUGGACAAUGCCAAAAUCCUGUGAAUGAAUAGAAGGAACAGAUUGAGGUGGACACUUUAAGCAGUAUAAUUGCAAAGUUUAAGAAUUCCCUCUGCUAUCUGUACCUAUUCUCACUCAAAAGAAACAGUCAGUAUUUGAAAUGUCCACUGUUAGCAAGUUCUGGCUAAAUUGGACAGUAAUGCUUUCAGUGACAAUGGAGAAAAGUGGAUGAAUAUUUCAAAUGUGCCUGCAUCACUUGCGUAAACCAGGCUCUGAGUUCAAAGACACAAGUGGAUCGAAUAGUAUAACACACAAGGGUAGAUUGGUUAGCAGGUGCAGCUGCUGCUAGACAUUUUAAGUUGUGUGCGCGCGCGUGUAUACCUAACAUAAAAGCUUUUAACAGAGCCUGACUCGGACAUCACACACCUAACACUGUUCUUUAAACACCCAUACUGACUUGAUUUUAGUGCAAUAAAUAUUCAGUCACAAUAGACACAUACAGUUAUAAAUAAGCUAUUUUCAAACUACACAGUGCUUUUUUUACUUUUGUUAUUUACUAUGUAUAAUCUGUUUAAUGCCAUUGCAUCAUAAGCAACCAAAAAUGUAUUCCACUGUUUUAUCAAGCAAUAUGUCUCAAAGGCUUUGUUUUAUUUUUCUUUCCAUUCAACAAUUGCGGAAGCUGCAACAGAGCUUUGUGAGGAAACGUAAAACAAGUAUAAGGGAAAUAAUUUGAUGACAUCAGAGCAGGUUUCAAUUUACCCACACACAGCUAUUUAUUUUUCUGUGGCUCCUAAAGAGCUGCAAAAUGGCUGCUAGAUUGUCACUAGAGAGGAUGUUAACUUGCAGUUCAUUUAUUGAAACUCUGGAGAUUAGCAGGCCAUUAUCCAUGAGUGAGUGAAGUAAAUGAAGCUAUUGAAGCUGAUGCUCUGAAAGUUGAUAACUAGCCAUUAUGGAUGUAUUUUCUAGCAUGAAUGCAAUCAAUAUUUAUUCAAAAGUAUGUUUUUCUCUUAUCCUAUUAGCUGUGUCUGACUGUGAUCAAUUAAUAUUUCAAUGCUGCUUAAUUGUUUUGAUGUUAAUCCUUUAUUUCUGUACUUCCAUUUUGUUGCUUGUAAACAGCUUUUGUAUUGUUUGAAGAGUAAUAAAUGGGAAGUUACUGUUUUUUUGUAAAUAAAUCUUUUGCUG